AAAUGACAAAAUCAAAACCACAGUCAAAUAAGCGAGAUGAUGAAACAUUAGUUUUAGAUUACUUAAGAAAAACAAAUCGACCUUAUUCAGCAACUGAUAUUUGUUUGAAUUUACAUAAUGCUAUUCCAAAAACAGCUUUAGCAAAGAUUUUAACAACAUUAAGCGAAAGAGGAGAGAUUCGUUGUAAAACGUAUGGGAAACAGUCAGUUUAUGUCAUUGAUCAGGAACAGUUUGAAAAUCCCUCGUCAGAAGAAUUGGCCAUUAUGGAUACACGUAUUGAAGAGCUUCGGCAACAAAUUAAUGAAACUCAAGAAAAAAAUAAACAAAUGAAACAAGCACUUCAAUCAUUAAUGGUACAAAAAACCACCGCUGAAUUACAAACAAUGUCAAAAGAUUUAGAUCAACGUAUUACUACAUUAAAUAACCGAUUAAAUUCCUUACAAUCUGGAACUGCUAGGUUAAUUUCUCUAGAAGAAAAAGAAAUCAUUCAAAAAAAUUAUGAACACAUGCGUAAAAUGUGGAAAGAUAGAAAAACUCUUUUUCGUAAUUUAUGGGAUGCAAUUUCUGAAGGAGAAUCUUCUCCAGCUGAACUUAAAGAACGUUUAGGCAUCGAAGAUGAUGUUAUUGACUUUAAUAUUGAUCCUCUUUCUGGUAUUCGAUAAUUUUUUUCUUUAAUAUUCUUUCAAUCUGUUUCUUAGACCUUUAUCUUCUUUUUUAUGUUUUUGCUAAUUCUUUUAUAUCUAUUUCAUAUAUUUC